GACAUCUGUAUCAGGACAUCUCUUGAGUCUUGAAUUCAAAGCUACUUUUCAGAAAUGAGGACUUUGGAGAGAGAGGUGAGACAGUGUCAAGCUCUGGUCAUUUGGACUGAUUGUGACAGAGAAGGAGAAAAUAUCGGCUUUGAGAUCAUUGAUGUUUGCAAAGCAGUGAAGCCAAACGUUCAGGUCUUCCGUGCACGGUUCUCUGAGAUCACCCCAAACUCCAUAAGGAGAGCCUGUGAGACUCUUACUGAGCCGGAUAUCAACAUCAGUGAUGCGGUGGAUGUGAGACAGGAGCUGGAUCUCCGCAUCGGCGCAUCAUUUACCAGGUUCCAGACAUUACGCUUGCAGAAGAUAUUCCCAGAAUCUCUCUCUGAUCAGCUCAUCAGUUAUGGCAGUUGUCAGUUCCCGACCCUUGGCUUUGUGGUAGAACGGUUUAAAGCCAUUCAAGCCUUCGUCCCUGAAACUUUCUUUAAAAUCAAAGUUGUCCAUGAGCCUAAUGAAGAGGAAUCGGUUGAAUUCAGCUGGAAAAGACAUCGUCUUUUCAAUCACACAGCAUGCCUUGUGUUGUAUCAGAUGUGCAUGGAGGAUCCCAUGGCAAAAGUUAUAUCUGUAACAAGUAAACCAAAAAGCAAAUGGCGACCUUUACCCCUUGACACUGUGGAACUUGAAAAACUGGCUUCAAGAAAACUGAGGAUAAGUGCCAAAGAAACCAUGAAAAUCGCAGAAAAGCUGUACACUCAAGGGUUUAUCAGUUAUCCUCGUACUGAGACCAACAUGUUUCCACAGAACCUGAACCUAACCAUGCUGGUUGAGCAACAGACACAAGACAAUGAAUGGGGAAAUUUUGCUCAGCGCAUUUUGGAAAGCGGUGGGCCCACACCUCGAAAUGGAAACAAAUCAGAUCAGGCCCAUCCCCCCAUUCACCCCACCAAAUACACCAACAGUUUACAGGGAAAUGAAAAGCGGCUGUAUGAGUUCAUUGUACGUCACUUCCUGGCCUGUUGCUCCAAAGAUGCUCAGGGUCAAGAGGUGACAGUCGAGAUUGAAAUAGCUGAAGAGAGAUUCUCUGCUAGUGGAUUGACGAUCAUUGCUCGCAAUUAUCUGGAAGUGUACCCUUAUGACAAGUGGUACAAUAAGGUGAAUACUGCUCAAAACAUAACAUAACAUUGUAUAGCUAAACAUAUU